AGUCACACACUCGUUGCAGAAUGGACUCUCGUUGCCAGUACAGUACCUUCCAAAGGAUUCUUCAACCGACUGAAACGGGGAGAUUCCAGAACCGUUGGUUGUACUUGGCAGUCUUCACCGCAAUCUUGGGAAAUCUGAGCUUUGGCUAUGCCCUCGUCUACACCUCUCCUGUGAUCCCAGAACUGCAGCAGUCUCCCGACCCACUGCUUCGACUGGAUGACUACAAGGCCUCCUUUUUUGAGUCUGUCUUCACCUUGGGUGUUGUGUUUGGAGGCCUCACCACCAUGCUCCUGAAUGAUCUCGUCGGGCGGAAGCUGACCAUCAUGCUGUCCAGCGUGCCCUCUGUUUUGGGAUUUCUCAUCAUGGGCAGUGCCCAGGCAGUGUGGAUGUUGGACCUGGGUCGGGCAUUGACUGGGAUCGCAGGGGGAAUGCUGUCAGGCACAGUUCCGGUAUACAUUGCGGAGAUCUCGGUGGCCAAGCUGAGGGGGAGAAUGGGAGUUGGACCCCAAAUCAUGCUUGUACUUGGAACACUCCUGCUGUAUGCACUGGCCCUGGUGCUCUCCUGGCGAUGGCUGGCUGUUGUUGGUGCCUUUAUCCCCACCAUCAUGAUCACUCUAAUGUGCUUCAUGCCGGAAUCCCCACGCUAUUUAAUCUCCAAACACCAGUCCAACGAAGCAAUGGAGGCGCUUGCCUGGCUUCGGGGUCCUGAGGCCAAUUACCAACAUGAGUAUAGAGAGAUCGAGGCUUCACUCAGCAGCAAUGUCAGUCGGUUUUCAUGUUCUGAAUUAAGUCAACGUCACAUCUACAAACCCAUGCUAAUUGCGGUCUUCAUGAGGAUCUUCCAGCAGUUCAGUGGAAUUACAGUGUUCCUGGUCAACAUGCAGAUUAUCUUUGACAGUACCGCUGUAAUUCUGGCAGGCCGUCAAGAUGCAGUGCUUGUGGGGGUUGUUCGAUUGCUCUCUGUCUCAGCAGCUGCCUGGCUGAUGGACAAAGCUGGAAGACGGAGACUUCUCUUUGUCUCAGGUGUCAUCAUGUCCAUCUCAACAUUGAGUCUUGGCGUCUAUGUCAAACUGGAUGAAUUUAAAUAUAAUCAUACCAGCAGCAAUGCUUCCUUUGAAAAUACGGCCCACUUAACAGCUCAGCAUUUACUUCAACACAAAAUGACAGACUGGUUAACCAUCAUUCCCCUCAUCAGUGUCAUGGUUUUCAUUUUUGGUUAUGCCUUGGGCUGGGGACCAAUCACCUGGCUGAUGAUGUCGGAGAUCCUUCCACUCAAGGUCCGUGGAUUCGCAUCAGGCUUGUGUGUGGUUGUCAGUUGGGUCACAGCCUUCAUCUUAACAGAAUUCUUCUUACAAGUGAAGCAUACCUUUGGACUUGCUGUCCCCUUCUUGUUCUUCUGUGCAGUAUCCAUUCUGGGAAUAAUAUUUACUGCUUUCUGCAUUCCUGAAACAAGGAAGAGGAGCUUGGAACAAAUUCAAGACUUGUUCCAGAACCCGAAAGCACCCAGAGCUGUUGUGAACAACUGACGAGGGAAAAUAUACUUCGAAAAACUGAAGUCCCACCGUUAAUCCUUCUCAUUGUUCACUGAAGCUACAAGGUUAGACUAAUCCUGCUGGACUAUGAUUUUAUUUAACAUUUACAUUGAUGGCUCAUAGAAAUUGUAUAUACAUUUACCUAUGUCCCUCCAUUGUCCCCAUCAAACACUCCCAGGACAGGGACAGCAUAGGGGUAGAUACAGAGUAAAGCUUCCUCUACACUGUCCCCAUCAAACACUCCCAGGACAGGGACAGCACGGGGUUAGAUACAGAGUACAGCUCCCUCUACACUGUCCCCAUCAAAUAUUCCCAGGACAGGGACAGCAUGGGGUUAGAUUUGGAGUAAAGGCCUCUCUGCAGUGACUUCAAACAUUCCCAGCAUGGGUAAUAUUAUAGAAAAGCCUCUAGAACAGUUCAUAUUCUCCAGUGAGACAAUUCCAAAAUCACUUCUUCAGAAGCUACACAACACCGAAGAUGUCACCCAGAAGGUUGAUAUCUUUGCAAGAAAAAUCAACCAACAACAACUACAUCCAAAACAUGCGGAAGGAACAGAUGUGUUGGUUUGAAUAGUUCUUUUUCCUCAGUGACAAUUCACUGAAGUUAGACAAAGGCUUUGUACAGUCAAACCACAGUUAGUAUAAAUACAGUUCAAAGGUCCUGCUGAUGAAUAGGAGUCUUUUGAUAGGGAGGAUGUUUAAAAGAUUGCCUUCAUAAGUGUAUUCACUAACUGUAACUAAACAUGCACUUUUAAAACUGCACACAUUUAUGUUUGUAAAUACAUACAGA